AUGGCCGCGCUGGUGGAUACCGCUCGCCCGGCAUGGGUCAGCGAUGCCGAUCUUCUUCAAGCCCGCGCAGCGCUGCAGCAUCAACAGAAUCCCGAGAUCUCGGCGCCGCGCGAGUUCAUCUCCCUGAUCGUCGAGGAGCUCAUCCACCGCCGUGAAUCCCAGUCCUCCCUGGCCGACAUUGAAAUGGAAUGUUCACAGCUGCGCAAGGAACUCCGCAAGCACACCCACGUCAAUGAAGCCUUCCAGAAGGAACUGGGCGAGAUUGGAGAGAUCAUCACCCAGGUCGCCCAUGGAGAUCUCUCCCAGCGCGCGCGGCUGCAUCCCCUGGAGAUCUCCCCCGACAUUGCAACGUUCAAACAGACGAUCAACACCAUGAUGGAUCAAUUACAAAUAUUCAGCCAGGAAGUCUCCAAGGUCGCUCGCGAGGUCGGUACAGAGGGAAUUCUGGGCGGCCAAGCCAACAUCACUGGCGUCAAUGGAAUUUGGCGGGAGUUGACCGAGAACGUGAAUGUCAUGGCUAGCAACCUCACUGACCAAGUCCGCGAAAUUGCUGCCGUGACCACCGCGGUCGCCCAUGGUGAUCUCAGCCAGAAGAUCGAGCGGCAGGCCAAGGGUGAAAUUUACCAACUCCAAAAGACGAUCAACUCCAUGGUGGAUCAGCUGCGUGAAUUCGCACAGGAAGUCACGAAGAUCGCCAAGGAUGUGGGAUUCUAUGGCAAGCUGGGUGGACAAGCGGUUGUGCAUGGGGUUGAAGGCAUCUGGGAGGACCUGACCAAGAAUGUCAACACUAUGGCAAAUCGGCUCACGACCCAAGUCCGAGAGAUCGCGGAUGUGACGACCGCUGUGGCUAAAGGUGAUCUGACCAAAAAAGUGACGGCGGAUGUGAAUGGGGAGAUCCUGGACUUGAAACUGACUAUCAAUGCCAUGGUCGAUCGUCUCAACCAAUUUGCGUUCGAAGUCAGCCGGGUGGCGCGUGAAGUCGGCACAGACGGAACUCUCGGUGGUCAGGCCCAGGUCGAAAAUGUGGAGGGUCUCUGGCGAGACUUGACAGACAAUGUGAACACCAUGGCCCAGAACCUGACCGAGCAGGUCCGCCAGAUCUCCAACGUGACCCAAGCGAUUGCACGAGGUGACCUAAGUACCAAAAUCGAGGUCCACGCUCAAGGUGAAAUCCUUACACUCAAAGAGACGAUCAACAGCAUGCUUGAUGGUCUGGAGCGAUUUGCCAAGGAAAACAAGGCCGUCGCCAGGGACGUCGGCGUGGAGGGCAAAAUGGGCGGCCAAGCCGAUGUUGCAGGGAUGCAUGGUCUGUGGCGUGAUAUCACCACCGAUGUGAAUAUCAUGGCCGAGAACCUCACGUCUCAGGUCCGAGCCUUUGGCGAAAUCACAGACGCCGCGACCAGUGGUGAUUUCAGCAAAUUGAUCACCGUCUCUGCGUCGGGCGAGAUGGAUGAGUUGAAGCAGAAGAUUAAUAAAAUGAUCUCCAACUUGCGUGACAGCAUCCAACGCAAUACAGCGGCUCGAGAAGCUGCCGAGCUGGCUAAUCGCACCAAGACCGAGUUCCUCGCCAAUAUGAGCCACGAGAUUCGAACACCCAUGAAUGGAAUUAUUGGGAUGACUGAGCUCGCCCUCGACACUGAUGACCUGCAGCAGCCUGUGCGCGAAACUCUGAACUUGGUCCACAAUCUUGCGAUCAGUCUCUUGACUAUUAUUGAUGAUAUCCUCGAUAUUUCCAAGAUUGAAACUAACCACAUGAUUAUUGAGCGAGCCCCGUUCAGUAUUGGGGCCACGGUCUUUGGCGUCUUGAAAGCCUUGACUGUAGAGACGAACGAGAAAGCGUUGAAUCUUUCUUACACUGUUGAUGGGAACGUUCCGGACUUUGUGAUUGGAGAUGCAUUCCGGCUGCGACAGGUGAUGCUGAAUCUCGUUGGGAACGCGGUCAAGUUUACCGAGAACGGAGAGAUUCGUGUCGCCAUCAGGCGCGUGGAGGGAAAGUACAAGCCAGGUGAAUGUGCCUUCGCGUUCUCAGUGAACGACCCAGGGAUUGGAAUCGAACAAAGCAAGCUUGGGCUCAUCUUUGACAAAUUCCAACAGGCGGAUGGGUCGAUGACUCGACGCUUUGGGGGUACGGGUCUUGGGCUCGCGAUAUCCAAACGCCUGGUCAACCUGAUGGGCGGCAGUAUCUGGGUUACUUCCAAGGUGGGCCAGGGCAGCACGUUUACAUUCACCUGUUGCACGAAGGAAGCCCAGCCACCGGUGGGAUUCAGCGAGCAACUCCUCCCAUACCGAAACAGUCGGGUUUUAUUCAUGGACAACGGCCAAGCACCUGAAAUGCCGAUUGGACAGAUGCUGGUCGAACUGGGACUUGAUCCCGUGAUCGUGACCAACAAUGGCGAACUCACCCCAGAUCAUUUCCAAGACGAACGGGGAUGCGCCUUCGACGCCAUUCUGGCUGACAGCGUCGAGACGGCAGCAAAUAUACGAGACUGUCCUGGCUUCCGGUUCAUUCCAUUGGUGCUUGUAGCUCCGGUUGUGUCAGUAACGGCCAAGUUAGCUGGCGACCUCGGCAUAACCUCCUACGUCACAACGCCCUGCCGGCUAAUCGACCUUUGGAAUGGAGUCUUCCCCGCCCUGGGAAAUCGGCCCAGACGCACACCCUCCGGGUACGGACGCGCCCUCGCGAUCCUCCUCGCAGAAGAUAACGACGUGAAUCAGAAGGUCGCCGUGCGCAUCCUGGAGAAGUACAAGCACAACGUGACCGUCGUAGCAGAUGGCCAGCAAGCCGUCAAAGAAAUCAAGCGCAACCGGUACGAUGUGAUUCUCAUGGACAUCCAGAUGCCGGUGAUGGGCGGUUUCGAGGCAACUGCGCGGAUCAGACAGCAUGAGAAGAUCAACGAUUUACCGCGCACACCGAUCGUGGCGCUCACGGCGCAUGCUAUGAUGGGUGAUCGCGAAAGAUGUAUCGAGGCUGGCAUGGAUGAUUACCUCCCUAAGCCUUUGGAUCAGGACCGUAUGAUGCAGACCAUUCUGAGGUGCUCAACGAUGAACAAUUCGUUUGUGGUGGCUGCUUAG